UUUGGGAUUCCCACACUGCCGCCCACCCCCAAAAACCUUGCCCCCACCAAUCCUGGCCAUUGGGAACCCCUUCCCAGAACCCUGACUGGCUGAUGUCACAGACAAAUGACCUCACCGCGACCGAGGAUCUCUGUGACAUGGGGGAGGGGGAAGGAUGUUUCUCCGUCACCCCAACCCCCCAUGUCUGUGGUGAAGUCGAUCGAAUUAGUGCUGCCCAAGGAUGCAGUCUACCUGGCUGGCUGCAUCAUCGAAGGACAGGUGGUCCUAACUCUGAACAGCACCCUGGUGGACCCCAUCGUGAAGGUGGAGCUUGUGGGAAGAGGUUACGUGGAGUGGAAUGAAGAAACUGGGGCGUCCCGCGAUUAUAGCCGAGAAGUUAUUUGCAACAACAAGGCUGACUACGUGCACAAGACAAAGACAUUCCCAGUGGAGGAUAAUUGGUUAAGUGCAGGCAGCCACACCUUUGACUUCCAUUUCAACUUACCUCCCAGGCUUCCUUCCACCUUCACCAGCAAAAUCGGCAACAUCUUUUACUUCGUGCAGGCCUUCUGCAUGGGUCGGGAGCACAUUCUAGCCAAGAAGAGAAUAUACUUGAUGGUUCAAGGCACUUCCUCAAUUUUCCACGCAGAAAAAUCAUUGCAGAACCCUCUGUUCGUGGAGGCUGAGAAGAAGGUGUCUUACAGCUGCUGCAGCCAGGGCACCAUCUGCCUGCAGAUCCAGAUGGAAAAGAACACCUUUACGCCGGGGGAGAGGGUCAUCUUCACCACGGAAAUCAACAACCAGACCAGCAAGUGCAUUAAGACGGUCAUCUUCGCCCUCUACGCCCAUGUGCACUACAAGGGCUUCACGCCCAACGCGGAGCGCCGUUCCAGGGUGGAUAGCAGUGAGCUGCUCAGGCAGGAGGCCAACACCCCCAUCACGGCCUUCAACACCACCAAGAUCGUCAGCACUUUCCACCUCCCGCCCGUGCUGUCCGUGAGCGGUGGCGGCUCACAGGACACCGAGAUCAUGAACACCCAGUACGAGCUGGUCAGCACCGUCCACCUGCCCUGGUCCCUGACCAGCGUCAAGGCCAAGGUGCCCAUCAUUAUCACCAGCAACCCCGUGGACUCAAACCAGACCGCUGCGGGCUGCCAGACCAGGGCGGUGUUACCCCUGAGCCCAGACUGACAGAAUUAAAUGCCCAAACGUCUAAAUAUUAAAAGUUUUAUCAGACUCUAA